AUGGCCAAUGCACAGAAACAAGCUCGGGCCAAGCAGAAGAAAGAAAGGAACACGGCUGCCCGAAAUGCCACCACCGAGGGACAGACCAAGGUCCCUACUAGGUCGUCAUCACGUCGCCGGGCAGCAGUUACACCCAGCGACCCGGCGGACUUGCCAAUAGAACAGAACAAACCCAGGCCCAAGCCUCGGCCGGUAUCGAAAAAGCGAAAACAGUCUGACGAAGCCGAUGAGCUCGACGAGCUCCCCUCUCAGCUGUCUCGCGGUGUUGAUCCUUCGAGUUCCCUUAGCUCCAUUCUCGUCAGUGAAUCUCCCGACAGAUUCAUAGCAGUUGAAAGCCUUCUAGGCCUCUCUGGAAGUUCCGUUGAGCUAGGAACUGUCGGGUCGAAGUCGGCACCUCACACUGUCAGCCCGACGCCGCACAUCAGUGACUCCGAGACUCUUGAUUCCGAAGAACUCGAGCACACAGGGAGACUUGAAGGGCCUGCAGGAGACGACUCAGAUGAGAUUCUCAGCAAUGCGGAUGAGAGCGAGGACGGUGAUGCUCUCCCCAUGGUCCCUUAUGCAAUACCAUACAAAGCGGGUGCAUUAGAGACUGUCAGAAUUUGCUCUGGGUCAUCGUGGGCCUCAGUCCGUCACGCCAUAGCCGAAGUACUCAUUCAGGAGCCCCGCGAUAUCGACAUCGGGUAUAAAAUCUCCACUGAACCUCAGAACCGAAAACCUCGCCGUCUCUCUAGUGCACAAGGGCUCGCUGAGCUGUUUGCACAUCUCAAGGAGGUGAUGAAUCAGGCAAAAAAAUCAAAGAGCAAAAAGUCGCCAAAGGAAGUUGAAGUCAUCAUCACAGAUCUCAGUGAGCCUGCGGUUGCGAAGGGAAGAGCCAAAAAAGACAAAUCGAAUAAGACCUCGAAACGCAACCGGAAGGAUAGUGACGACGAGAACAGUGACGACGAGCAAGUCUCUGUUCCUAGGAAGCAGGCGGAGCAUUUUGCCCGCCUUGAGGAACUUCAUAGCUGUGAUGCGCACGUCGGCAAGACAUGUCUCGUCAAGCCGACUGGCCAGCAUCAUGCUCUCACACACGAGGAGCUCAGUAUCUGGUCGUUUCUGCUUCUUGCUGGGAAGCAUACAUCGUAUGACAAACCUCCGGAAAAGCUGAGGCUUUUCGACGAUCAACCCUGA